AUGAAUGAUAAUUUCACUUAUAUUUGGGGACAUGUGAAUAAAAAUACAUGGCAAAAUAACCUCCAAAUAGCAUUUCUGAUCACCAGCUGUACAGUGUUGCUUUUAACAUUUUUUAUUGGCAUUGUGGCCAACCUGUUCGUCACCUAUGCGGUGUACUACCAGAAAUCCCUCCAGACCUCCACCAAUGCCCUUUUGGUUAACCUUGCUUUGAUUGACCUUCUGAGAUGCACCACUGACUGUCCGUUGCUCCUAGUUGUUGUUUUGAGUGGACAUAUAUCUGGAGACAUUUGGGACUUCUUCUGCAAUGCCCAGGUGAUGUCAUUUUCCCUCAUUAGCUGUGUCCAGCUGUUGACUCUGGCAUGCAUUAGCGCUGAACGACACCAAGCCAUCGCGAAUCCGUUCAAAUCCACCGAGCGGCGGAAGCGGGUCAAGGCAUGGAUUCCUCUCACCUGGGCCGUAGCCUUUAUUGUGUCAGGUCUGUGCAUCACAUUUACAAAAGAUUCUCCAGUCUACAUCCGAUGUAAAGGUCUGCGCAUAGACGAGUUGAAGACCUAUGACUCGUUUGGAUUUUACAUCUUGUUACCAGUCUGGUCUGCAUGUCUGGCUUUUAUCAUCGGCUUUUACUCUCACAUAUUUAUCCUAGUGAGGACACACAACAGGAAGAUUUUUGACAAAGGUGUUUUGCCUCUGUCUGCCUCAAAAGCCAAGAAGGACCAAAAAAAAGUUACAGAAACUGUGCCUGAACCUGCUGCACCAAAUGAGACUGAUAAUCCCUGUAUGAUGCAAGAGUUAAAUAUGUCUGCAGUUAAAAUCCAGCCAUGUACCGAAGCUCUAGAGAUACAGACUGUUGCUGAAAACCAGCCUGUUUUUGUAGACACAAAUAUCAUUGACGUGAAGACACCAGAAAGGCUUGAUCAACCCAACCAACCAAGUGUCACAUUUGUCUCUGAACUGCACCCCGACACAACUAAACUGAUAGAUCUGGAGCACAGUGAGAAAACAGGUAAUGCUCCAAAUGACAGCCCAGAUAAAAAUUCAGAUGAGAAUCCAUCUGAGAAUCACGGUGACCCUUCAAAAUCUGCUGGAACAUCAGAUCCAGCUGCAGACAAUCAGAACGCUCCAGCAGAUCAAACCAUGGAGGUAAUGGGGGCAGUCUGCAUGAUGCCAUCCCUCGCUAACAGAGAACAAGGCAAGAAGAAAAAAGAGGGCAAACUGGCAAAGCGCUCAGGAUAUAUUAUAUUUACAUUCUUGUUCUUCUGGAUGCCACUGAUUGGGACAAUUCUCCACAAUGCCUUUAUAAACAUACACCAGGGUCAAGAUAUGGAGAUUAUUCAAGGAUUAGAAGUUCUUGCUGUCUCCAUUGCCUGUAUGACAUCUCUGACCAAUCCAAUCAUUUAUGCAGCGGUGAACCCUCAGUUUCGCACUGAAUUUUUCAACCUAAAGAUGAGGUGUAAAGUAUGUUGUACAAAACCUUAA